AUGCCGCCUAUUGCUCCUAUUGGACUCGUAAACUCGAUAAUGAUUCUUGUUCUUGCUUGCUUCAUUGCUGGGUGUGUGGCAGCUUCAAAUUACAGCGUCACUGACUUCGGAGCGAAAGGAGAUGGCGUAACAGAUGACACUAAAGCGUUCUUGGAUACAUGGAAUGCAACAUGUCAGAGUUCUGUAUCCUCCAUUCUCCUCAUCCCUGUAGGGAAGACGUUCCUGUUGAAUCCCAUCGUCUUCCAGGGUCCCUGCCAGUUUUACGUCCGUGUUCAGACGCUAGCUUUGCUGUUCUGCAGCAGAGCGCUGGUGGCUGAUCUGAGGCUCAUCAACAGCCCCCAGAUGCACCUAGUGGUGGGUUUCAGCUCCACAAUCCGCAUCACCGGUGUUACCAUCACCGCCCCCGGCGACAGCCCCAACACCGACGGCAUCCACAUCCAACAGAGCCAUCACGUCAACGUCUCCGACUCCACCAUUGGUACAGGAGACGACUGUAUAUCGAUAGGCACUGGUUCUUUCCAUGUUAAUGUCAGCUGGGUAACAUGUGGCCCUGGCCAUGGCAUAAGCGUUGGUAGCCUGGGAAUGAACAACUCUCGUGCGGAAGUGUCGGAUAUCCAGGUUGGUCAUUGCAACAUAUCUAGCACAAUGAAUGGCGUAAGGAUAAAGACAUGGCAGGGAGGAUAUGGUUAUGCAAAGACGAUAAUAUUUGAGAAUAUCAACUUCACUGCAGUGAAGAAUCCUAUAAUAAUAGAUCAACACUACUGUGCUACCGGUGUCUGCGCCGAGAAGCCGUCAGCUGUGCAAGUGACUGAUGUGCGAUUCAUCGAAGUAAGAGGCACAUCAAGCAGCGAGGUAGCGAUCAACUUAAACUGCAGCCAAAACGUGGCCUGCACGGGCAUCACCAUCCAGAACGUUGAGAUCCAACCUGCACAGCAAGGAGGGCAAGCAUCAUCUUACUGCUUCAACGCCCAUGGAACAGUGACCGGUGUCGCCAUGCCUGCAGUUCCUUGCUUGAUGCCAUGA